AUGAAGCUUUUGUCUACCUUUAUUGUCACAGUCUCGUUGGUGGUCGGUCUUGCGGCCGCCAUCCCACAGACCUCUUCGGGUGGCAGCGGCAGUGAAGACGAGAUUCCGUGCCCCGCAGUCUAUCCUUGCAUCGACUGGUAUAUCAUCCUCGAGUAUUGCUCCAACACGACCGAUCCGGCUGUCGCGACUGGCGAAAGUUUUACCGACACCGCCCCCAUCAAGUGUGCCUGUGGUACCAAGGCUUUGGGUGAUGAGUCUGGCCUCUAUGCCGCGGCUGAAUGUAUUCUCUGCGACGAUGAGUUGCCAGACGCCGAUGCCACGGUAGCGGCUCAGUGGUUCUAUACUUGCUACACCUUCGAGGAGUCGACCGCCACUGACGCACUGGACUGCUGGAACUCAGGCGGCACAGACUGCUCGGCCGUGCCUGAGAAGAGAAAGAUGUCGAAGAGAGAUCUGAUGAAGCCGAAUAUGCUGAAGAGACUGAACAAGCCGAAAGUCCGGCUGUUCUAG